CGGAGCGGGGAUUAGAACCCAGGUCUUUCUGACUCCCAGGCCCGGGAUCUCUCCGCUGGGCCACGCAACGGUGGGCCACGGAGGACCGAGACAGGAGAACUGGACACCGGGACAAUUUAAUUGGACAUAAUAAUAAUAACGGCAUUUGUUAAGCACUUACUAUGUGCCAAGCACUAUUCAAAGCGCUGGGGUAGUUACAAGAUAAUCGGGUGAGGUAAUACAAGGUGAUACAGAUGAGGUAACUGAGGUACAGAGAAGUUAAGUCACUCGCCCCUAGUCCUACAGCUGACAAAUGGCAGAGCCGGAAUUAGAACCCACGACCUCCGACUCCACUGAACCACGCUGCUUCUCUUUCGGGAGCAAUGCCGAUCGACUGGGAACAGGCUGCAGUCGACUCAGCGCUCCCCCCGCCCAGGGGUGGCUAAAUAGCCACGGAUGAUGUGGUUAACUAGGCACAAGGAAGGGUCGGCUGGGAAUUGCGGGUGGUCAAUCGGGCACGUACCGGCUUAACUGGUCAGUGAGCAACAACCAAGCCAUUGGGAUGAAUCAGCGUGUUAGAGGAUGGAAUCAAGAGGGUCCAGGAUCGAAGUCACUGAGCUUUGGGUACAAUGUGUCCAUCUGAGACUGGGCCCUGGGUGCUGCUGUUGGACCAGGCCACCCGACCACUGGACACGACACAGUCAACUGCAUCCUGGCAUGGUCCUCGAGAGGCUCCUGUCGGCCGCCUAGGCAUUAGGCCGGGUCGAUGAGGCAGUGGGCGAGGCCGAAUGAUCUCUAGGCAAUCAGAGAGACACUGGUCAAGCCAUCUGGCCCCUGGAAGCCAGCUAGACUCCAGAUGCGGUCAACUGGUCAGUGGGGAAAAAAGAUCGAGUGGACAAAAAUCGGUAUGGUCCUCUGAGGUUAGAUCGGCUGGGAGGUACCCGGGGCAGAGACGACUGCUUAAUAGGGGCCGUCAACUUUACUCCGGCAGUCAAGUGUCACUAGGCAGAAUUAAUUGGUCAGUGACUACGCAACUGGACACCGGGUGGUCAACAGGACGGUGGACAUGAGCAACUGAGACCAAGACUGCCAACUGGUUAAUAGGCAGGGCCCGCCACGACUGGUGUGGAGCCCGGACCCGAUGGGGGCUGAGUUCCGGACCCCAGACACACAAGGAGGGGACGAGAUGGACGCCAGCCCCCCAAUUCCUCCCUCCGAGUCCUGCCCCCUCUCUCCGGGGGUCUCCCGUCCCUCUGUAUUUAUUCCCCCCUCCAACGCCCCUAAUUUAUUGUGUGACCAGAACGACCCUCUCCCUCUCCCUCCCUGUCGGCUGUGGACUGUUGCGGGAGGCCGGCGGGUCCCCGCUGGGCCCACCCCUCCAAGGGUAAGUCCAGGACCGCCCCCCUCACCCCGGCCAGGAGCGGGUGCGGGGGUGCGGUCGAGGACAUCCGAGCCCGCCUGCCUCCGCCACUCCCCUUCCCCGCCCCCAGACUCGGAGUCGGGGUGUGUGGGGGGGGUGGAGGCUGGCCGGAGGGGGCGUGUCCCGUCGCCAUAGCGACAGACUAACACGGCUCAUCCCCGGGGGGCCGGGCGGGGCUGGGCGGCCCAAUGGUCUGGCGGUCCCAUGGGGCGGCGGGGCCGGGCCCCUGGCCGGACGGGUGUCGCACCAGCAGUGAGGUGGGCCUCCCUCCGACCUCGCCCCUGCCCUUCCCCCCGCCGGCCGCUCGGUCCACGGUCUCGGACCCUCUGCCGCCGGCCCUGGCUCAGGACCGCUGGGCCCGGAGCUUCGACGAGGUUGUGAGCCGGCGGGAAACGACGACCGGGGCCGCCUACGGCCCCAAGACCUCCGCGGGGCGCUUUGGGCAGCCCCCCGCACUCCUGCCGCCCCGGGCGGACCGCGUGAUGGGAAUCAAGGGCGCCGGGGACAAGCUGGCCCUCCGCGCCUGGGCCGCCGCCCUCACCUCCCGCCAGCGGAAGAGCGAGAUGAGGGCUGGGUACCCCGGUUGGCCUAACCUCGACCCGCGGCCGACCUUUGCCCCCGGGCCCCUGCCCUUCGGCCUCGCUGCCCACCACACCCGAGGCCCCUCCCAGACCAUAAUUCCCAGCACAGAAAACCCAGCUCUGGCGGGAAGGAUCUAUUACAUCCCACAGCGUGCCAUCCUCCAUCUACAAGAUCCCUACCUCUCCAUCACCGCCCAGGAUUUCUCCAGCGCCGACCCGGCCCGCCGGUCCCGGCUGCCCGCAGAGACAUCCCAGGCCGGGGGCUCGGUACCGCCCCGCCCGCCGUGGCCCGACUCGGCCCUGCUCCCGCCCCGGCUUUCCGGAGACCGCGUCGCCCACCUGGGCCCCCUGAGCCCGUCCCGGCAGUGGCGGUCGCUGACGCACGCCUCCUUCACGCCCCCGCUUCACCCACUCCGGACUCUGGAUCGCUUCUGCCCCCUGGAGCCGCUGUGGGCCGGGCUCCACCGCCGCCCCGCUCCCGAGCUGGCCACCGUGCCCCACUUCUACCAGCCCGAGAGCACCCGCUACGGCAGCGGGAAGCCCUGUGUCCUCUGAGGGGCUGCGGGUGGGAGCCGCAGGCUGGGGCGGGUGGCGGGCACAAGCCGGGACAGAGGGCGGGCAGAGGCCAGGACCUGGACCUCCUUUUCUGGGCACCAGGACUGCCAGAGGCCUGGGAACUGGAGGAGGAGCCAAGGCCCAACGGCCAAGGCACAAACAGCUCCACCAUGGGAAGGGGGCCACAGCCCACACUGACAGGCCCCCCCACUCCUUCCCUUCCAACAUGACCAUAUGACCAUUCUCUGGCACAAAGCUCA